AUGGAAGAUCCAAACCGAAUGAUGGGAGGCCACGGUGGCUUAAUGCCACCGAAUUAUGGCAUGCCGACGAACGAUGGUCAAGCAGGAGUGGACAAUGAUCCUCGCAAACAAGAUAUCGGCGAAAUUUUACAGCAAAUCAUGAACAUCACCGACCAAUCGCUGGACGAAGCACAGGCCCGCAAACACACAUUGAACUGCCACAGGAUGAAACCGGUUUUAUUUGCUGUGUUGUGUGAAAUCAAAGAAAAAACAGUUCUAUCGCUGCGAAACACUCAGGAAGAAGAGCCUCCAGAUCCGCAGUUGAUGCGUUUGGACAACAUGUUGAUUGCCGAAGGAGUUGCGGGUCCGGAAAAGGGUGGUGGUGCAGGUGCGGAUAGUGCCGCGGCAGCAAUGGCCGCUGCCAACGAUUUUCUGUCACAAUCUGAUUUAACCGGCGGUCAAGAUAAUGCGAUCGAGCACUCAGACUAUCGGGCAAAGUUGGCACAGAUUCGUCAGAUUUAUCACCAGGAGUUGGAGAAAUACGAACAAGCCUGCAGCGAAUUUACCACGCAUGUCAUGAACUUACUACGAGAGCAAAGUCGUACAAGGCCUAUUACUCCAAAAGAAAUUGAACGAAUGGUGCAAAUCAUCCAUCGUAAAUUCAGCUCCAUCCAGAUGCAGCUCAAGCAAUCAACCUGUGAAGCCGUAAUGAUCCUGCGUUCCCGAUUCCUGGAUGCUCGAAGAAAGAGACGUAAUUUCAGUAAGCAGGCUUCUGAAAUUCUUAACGAGUACUUCUAUAGCCACCUUAGUAAUCCUUACCCAUCAGAAGAAGCGAAGGAAGAGCUAGCUAGGAAAUGUGGUAUCACGGUUUCCCAAGUGUCGAACUGGUUCGGAAAUAAACGUAUUCGCUACAAAAAGAAUAUCGGCAAAGCGCAGGAGGAGGCAAACCUGUACGCUGCUAAGAAGGCAGCUGGUGCAUCCCCGUACUCAAUGGGCGGACCACCAAGUGGUGCCGCCACGCCGAUGAUGUCUCCCGCCCCAGCCCAAGAUUCAAUGGGAUACUCGCUCGGGUCUGGUGGUUACGAUCAGCAGCAACCAUACGAUGGAAGUAUGGGGUAUGAUCAGUUACAUCAGGAUCUCAGUCCUUGA